UCUGUUGAGUUGUUUGCGGAUGUUGAUGUCUCUGUCCUCGAUGAACUGCUGGAGACACUCAAAAAAUAUCGUUUGAGGUCCAAACUGGAUAUUGAGAACGUUGCAGAGGAGUUCUCGUGUUGGCAGCGUUAUGGUAGGAAUCUAUCUGAAUCGUCUUCUGUUGGUUGGGGAGGUGGUGUUGAUCGUGCUGGUGAAUCUACAGCUAGUGGUAAUAAGUAUGGAUGGCAAUGGUACGAGGAUCCUAGGUUGGACUGUCUCAGCUACAGAAGCAUUUUUCCUUCUGAUGCAACCCCGCCAUUAGUUGAGGCAGAUAAAAAAACAGAUGAAAGCAAUUACCUUUUGUGGAGAUUAGAGCAUGGAGUUGCCGAAGGGUCAGCUGAAAUACCUAAAGGUGAAGCAAUCCCGCUUGAAUAUAAUUUUGUUGGUCUUAAUGCGAUAAGCUUUGACAAAGGCUGCUAUGUUGGUCAAGAGCUUAUAGCUCGUACGCACCACCGUGGUGUCAUCCGCAAACGCCUAGUCCCGUUACGGUUCAUUGAUAGCAAUGGAAAAGAGGUAAACCAGAAGAUUGCAGCUGGAGCUGAAGUGGUUGAAUCAGGAACCGGCAAAAAGAUAGGGGCAAUUUCGACAGCUUUGGGUAGCCGAGGAAUGGGAGUGAUGAGAGUAGAGGAAGGCUUUAAAGCAUCCACUGAAUUGAUAGUAAACGGGUCAGAGGACGUAAAGGUCGAGGUAAUUAGACCGACGUGGUGGCCAGUUGAGUGGUUUCAGCAGGAUCAGUCGGGGGUAAAAUAAAUCUUUUAACAAAAUCUUGUGGUUUUUUACAUACUUUGCUGGCGAGAGAAGCUGUCUUUAUUUGUUAGUGGGAGGCAUCAAGCAAGUUUAGUACCUUUGUGUUGUAUUCUACUGUUUAACACAUAGUAAAGGUUGAAACUUUCCGGGCGAGUUUUUGUCGCCGUGUUA